AUGCACUCCUCCCUCCUUUAUUUUCCUCCUCCUUCUCGCACACUUUAUUUUCCCUCAACUUCUUUUCUUUCUUUCAAUUCUUUCUUUUACUUCUUUAUUUUUAUCAUUGCUCUUUCAGUCAAUAUUCUCACACCACUCUUUUUCUCAGCCUUCUUUAUCUUCCACUUUUCCUUUUCUUUCUCCCAUAUUUCUGUUUCCUCUCUUAUUCUCCUAUACACCUUUUCCUAUUCCCUUUUCCUCUCUAACUCUGUGGUACAUUUUCCUCUCUUAUUCUUUCAUAAACUUUUCCUCUCUUAUUCUCCUAUAAACUUCUUUCUCUUAAUUUCCUGUAUACUUUUCCUUUCCUAUUCACAUACACACUUCUCUCUUAUUCUUCUAAAUACACUUUUUCUCUCUUUUACUCCUAAACACUUUACCUCACUUUUACUCCCAUACAUUUUCCCUCUCUUUUACUGCUAUACAGUUUUCUUUUCUUUUACAUCCAUGUGCUUUUUCUCUCUUUUACUCCUAUACACUUUUUCUCUCUUUUUCUCCUAUACACUUUUCCUCUGUCUUUUCUUUCAUAUUCUCCUAUUCAUAAUUCUUUUUCACUUCCUUCACUAUUUCUCUUUUUAUAUUUUUGUUUUUAUUUUCUUCCCUGUGAACUAUCAUUUACUUUAA